AUGAAAGAUCUAAUGAAGCUGGAAGGAGUGGUGUUGCUUACCUGCCUCGGAUUGAAAUUUCAGACCGCUCGGAGAAGCAGCAGACUGACAACAACGGAAAGUACCUACAAAUGUUUUAAGGAUCAAGCAAUGAAGGAAGUGGGGGAAAUCAGCUCUGCCUGCUUCCUGGUUCUCACUGGCCUGUUGGGAGCUGCACACGCUUUUGGGGUCAAAGCCAAUGUGAGCUUGCUUUAUUUCAACGCCUUUAACAACACCUCAGAGAGUGACAGGUGUGAAUGCGGUCAGUUUGGGGUGGACUCUCCUGUGGCAGAUGCGAGGGGGUUGGUGGUCAUUGCCAAUUCCACCAACCACCAAGCCUGCACUUGGAACACUGAGUUUGCUGCCGCCACAUCGCCAUGGGUUGCCCUGAUCGCAAGAGGCAACUGCACUUUUUCGGAGAAGAUCAACCGUGCAGCUGCGCAGGGUGCAGAAGCUGUUGUAAUCUACAACUCCCCUUCGCGUGGUAACCGCACAGCUUCCAUGGCACAUCCCGGUAAGUCCCGUUAUGAUCAUGUCUCCAUGCAGGAAGUAUUCUGUCUCGAUAAACACAUGCUUUCCAUUUAG